AUAUAUAUAUAUAUGCGUGUAAACAUGGCGGCAUUACGAGCGAGACUCCUUACUGUUGUGAAUACAUUUUCUUCUUUUACUCAGAAACAAUCAUUGAAUCUUAAGAACCAUGUAUCAAUAGUGCACGCAACGAUGGGAAGAACUUAUUCAGCGAAAACAAGUGAAGAUAUCGAGGAAAGGAAGGUCAAUGUCGAUGGGUCUAAUAUUAACUAUGUCAGAGUUGGCAUUGGCAAUCAUCCUGUUCUUUUAUUACCUGGUGCCCUAGGAACUGCCUGGACUGACUUUAAACCUCAACUGGAAAAUCUUGAUAAAAAUAAAUUGACUAUAGUAGCAUGGGAUCCACCUGGAUAUGGAAAAUCGAGACCACCGAACAGAAUAUAUUCAGAUGACUUUUUUCAACGUGAUGCCGAUUAUGCUUUUAAUUUAAUGAAAAUUCUAGGCUAUAAGGAAUUCUCUUUGAUUGGAUGGAGCGAUGGUGGUAUCACGUCUCUUAUACUUGCUGCCAAAAAUCCUGAUAGCAUUCGUAAGAUGAUCGUAUUCGGUACGAAUGCUUACAUUAUUCCCGAAGAACUCGAAAUUUAUAAAAGCAUUAGAAACAUCGACACUUGGUCGGAGAAAAUGAAACAACCAUUGCUCAAUAUUUAUGGGGAAGAGUAUUUUAGAAAUACUUGGUCCGAUUGGGUAGAUACCAUGGAAAGAAUAUAUAAAAAAAACAAAGGUGAUCUGUGUAAAAAUGAUUUGGCUAAAAUAAAGUGUCCUACUUUAAUCAUACAUGGAGCUAAAGACGUAAUUGUAAAACCAGAACAUCCAGUUUAUUUAAAAGAUCAUAUAAAAAAUUCCGAGGUGACAAUAUUUGAGAAAGGAGCUCAUAAUUUACACUUAAGAUAUCAAGAGGAAUUUAAUACAUUGGCUAUGAAGUUCUUGACAGAAGAUUAAAAUGUUUCUCAACCUCGUUAUUUUCUUAAUAACGAAAAACAGUCGACUAUGUCACUUGCGAGGUUGCAGUUGAUGAGAGAGAGAAAGAGACAAAAAGAGAGUCCAACGAAUUCAACGAGCUAAUAACGAAGUUCCUCUCGGGGCAGUCAUAGAUCCACUAGUAGCUAUUUUCGUCGCAUGAAUAACAGUAAGUUUAAAGCAAUAGAAUAAUUUUAAUGGAUUUUAUAGAUUAUGUACAAUAAUUUACAAAAUAUUAUAUACAAUAAUUUUAUGGGUUUUAUAGAAUAUUUUUUAUAAUAUAUACACAUACGAUAUAUAUAUA